CAAAUAAAAAGGGUGGCUGUUCAGUGUUCAGAUAUUUAUAUGAAUCCAUAUUAUGUCUUGUUCCCUAUAAAAUUCCGUCAGUUGAUUCAAAUAUCCGCAACGCUCUCCCCUCUUCUUCGCUGCCAUGAAACUUCAUCACCUCAUUCCAAAAUCAACCCUUCUUCCCAUUUUCUUCACCCUAUCAAGCAGAAAACCCAAUCUGCCUGAAGUAGCAUCUCUGUGCACCAUGCCCAAUUUCUGUGCACAUAUCACGCCAGCUGUUCGAGAAAAUGCCUCAACCAAAACGCCCACUACUACCAUCCCUCCUGCAUCAGCCUACAUCCACCUCCCUUUUUGUCGAAAGCGCUGCCACUACUGUGACUUCCCCAUUGUCGCUUUGGGAUCUUCUUCCAGCCAAACUGACGACGACCCUCGAAUUCAGCACUAUGUAGAGUUACUUUGUCGUGAAAUUAAUGCUACGAAGUCAGAAUUCCAAACCAACCAGCCACUCGAAACUGUCUUCUUUGGAGGUGGUACCCCUUCUUUAGUGCCGCCCAGGCUUGUUUCGGUGAUUUUAGAUGUGUUGCGAACGAAAUUCGGGUUGGCUAAGGAUGCUGAAAUCUCUAUUGAAAUGGACCCGGGGACUUUUGAUGCUAAGAAAAUGGAGGGUUUGAUGAAGUUGGAUGUGAACAGAGUGUCUUUGGGUGUUCAGGCAUUUCAGGAAGAGUUACUCAAGGCUUGUGGAAGGGCUCAUGGAGUUGAUGAAGUUUAUGAGGCUAUUGAGAUUAUCAAGUUUUGUGGGCCUAAAAACUGGAGUAUGGAUCUCAUUUCUUCUCUACCUCACCAGACAGCUUCAAUGUGGGAAGAGAGCUUACGCCUCACCAUUGAAGCACAACCAACUCAUGUUUCAGUAUAUGAUUUGCAAGUUGAAGAAGACACAAAAUUUGGGAUAUUGUACAAGCCAGGGGAAUUUCCAUUGCCUUCUGACACAGAUUCAGCUGGAUUCUACAGAAUGGCUUCAAGAGCACUUGCCGAGGGAGGUUAUAGCCAUUAUGAGAUCAGUAGUUACUGUAAGAGUUCGUUCGAGUGCAAGCACAAUUCUACUUACUGGAAGAACAAUCCCUUCUAUGGUUUUGGUUUAGGGGCAGCUAGUUAUCUCGGCGGAUUGAGGUUCUCAAGGCCACGGAAGUUGAAGGAAUACACAAAUUAUGUACAGAACUUAGAGAAGGGGCUGGUGGAUUGCCGUGGAAAUAAUGAUGUUGAUGUCAAAGACAUGGCUAUGGAUGUCGUGAUGCUCUCUCUCAGAACUUCCUCAGGCCUUGAUUUGCAAUCAUUUGGAAAAGUAUAUGAUGGUCGUCUUGUCCAUGAACUUUGUAGGGCCUAUGAACCUUACAUCAAAAGUGGUCAUGUGGUUUGCUUAGAUGAGCAGAGGAGAGCUCUUACAGUUGAUGAAUGCGAUGGCUUGUUAUUGAGGAAAGAAGAUAAUUUUACAAGGCUGCGGCACAUUCGACUUAGUGAUCCAGAUGGGUUUUUAUUAUCAAAUGAAUUGAUCUCUCUUGCAUUUCGAGUCAUAUCUCCCUGAAGGUUAAAUUCCAAUCUGGUUUGAUUGGCCUUUCCUGAUACCAAAUCUUGUGUUCCAUUUCACAUUUCUGUUACUUCGCCUGUAAAGAAGACUAAAAUAUUGCCGACUUUUUAAGACAGUAUAGGAUCAUGCAUCUGGCAAUGAGAACCAUGCUGAUUAAUCCGAAAUAAUUGUUCUGAUUAGAAAGUUAUGCUAAUCACAUACCAUAGAAAGGAUUCUCUUCAUGGGAGUUGCAGUGAAGUAUGACUAAACCAGCAAGCUAAAUAAGACAAUGACGGAUGAACUUCUAAUCAGGUUAGCAGUUGGGCCGAGAUCACUGUUUUCUGAAAACUGAUUCAUGGAAGAGGUGAGCUAUUACGUUUCAAAGCUGGAAUUAAUUUGUAGUCAAAUUAUGAAAAGGCACGAAAUCUUGAAAACAAGACUGACCGAGCAUAACCUUUAAUGGAGUGAAAGGUCAAUUCGAAAAAGGGAAAGAUGGAUUUGCAUACUUUUAAGGCCCCUUUCGUGACUGACCUAGCACGGCUUGUAAGAAACUCACAUUUCUUCAAGGAAAGGUGUGGUUAUUGAGAGGGAAAAAGAAAAUUUGUUUUCCAGACUAAUAAGUCUCAAAACUUGUCUAAAUAUAUGCGCGUGGCUGAUAAAACUGGUUUAUCCUGCUCUA